CCUCCCCUCCCCUGCCCUCCCCUCCCCUUCCCUCCCGCCCCGCCGUUGGGCGCCGGGCCCGCCAUGCACCGCCUGGCCCCGGCGCUGCUGGCCCGCCUGGGCCGCGCCCGGCCCUGGCUCCCGCUGCCGCGGCGUGGGGCGGCGGGCAGGGGUGAGGAGGAGCGGUUUGUCUUCCUCGAGUAUGAGCCGGACCCGGACGAGGCAGCGGCGGUAGCGGCGCGCCGCCGGGAGGGGAAGCCGGGCAGGGAGCGGCGGGAGCGGGGCCCGGUGGCGGCGGGGCGGCCCGACCCUUUGGUGGCGGCGGGGCGGCCCGACCCUUCGGUGCCGCCGAGCGGCGUGAGCUGCUCGGGCUGCGGGGCCGAGCUGCAGUGCCGCGACGGCGCGGCGCCGGGCUUCGUGCCGGCGGAGAAGUACCGGAGCCUGUCGGAGGGCGCGGCGGGGCUGCGGGGCGCCGUCUGCCAGCGGUGCUGGUGGCUGGCCCGCUACGGCCGGGCCCUGCGGCUGCAGCUGCCGCCCGAGCAGCACCGGCAGGUGGUGAGCGCCGCUCUGCGCCGCCCCCCGCGCCACGGCCGCGGCCCGCUCCUCCUCUACCUCCUCGACGUGCUGGAGCUGCCCGACCCGGUGCUCCCCCAGCUACCGGGGCUGCUGGGCCCCGACGCCAACGCUGCCGGGCUGCUGGUGGUAGGCAACAAGGUAGACCUGCUGCCCGCCGACUCCCCCGGGCACCUGGGGCGGCUGCGGCAGCGGGUGGCGGCGGCCUGCGCCCAGGCCGGCCUGCACGGAGCCCCGCUGGUGGACAUCCGCCUGGUGAGUGCUAAGACGGGCUUCGGUCUGGAGGGGCUGAUCAGCCGGCUGCAGCAGUCCUGGAAGUGCGCCGGUGACGUCUACCUGCUGGGUGCCACCAACUCCGGCAAGUCAACGCUCUUCAACAUCCUCUUGUACUCUGACUACUGCAAGACCCGUGCCCCUGACAUCAUCAACAGGGCCACCAUCUCCUCUUGGCCAGGAACAACACUGAACCUGUUGAAAUUUCCAAUUAUUAAUCCUACAUGUGACAGGAUAUUCCGAAGGCAGGAGAGGUUGAAAGAGGAGGCAACAAAAACAGAAGAUCAGCUAAGCAGUGAAGAAAAAAAGUACCUUAAUCGUCUUAAAAAACAAGGUUACUUAGUGGGAAGAGUUGGAAGAACAUUUCAACGGCAGAAGUCUAGCUCUGUGGUUGACUUUGAUCCUGACAUGCUCUCCUACAGCAUAGAUGAAGAUCCCAGACAUUCCCCUGGGAAGCGUGAGGAAAGAGAGGAGUUCUCAGACAACGAAGUGAAGGAUGCUCGCUGGUGUUUUGACACUCCAGGGAUCAUAAAGGAAAACUGUGUUUUAAAUCUCCUGACAGAGAAAGAAGUAAAGCUGGUUUUGCCAACACAGGCCAUCAUUCCACGGACCUUUAUUCUCAGACCAGGAAUGGUCUUGUUUUUAGCAGCCUUGGGACGUGUAGACUACUUACAGGGAGAAAAGCCUGCCUGGUUUACUGUCAUGGCUUCUAACCUGUUGCCAGUCCGCAUUGCUACCCUGAGUAAUGCAGAUGCCAUCUAUGAGAAGCAUGCUGCCGAAGAGUUCCUAAAGGUUCCCAUGGGUGGGGAAGAACGAAUGAAAGAGUUCCCCCCACUUGUCCCUCAGGACAUUACACUGAAAGGAGUUGGUACCACUGAGGCAGUCGCAGAUAUCAAGCUUUCCUCUGCAGGCUGGGUGGCUGUGACGGCUCACGCGAAAGAGGAACUGCUGCUCCGAGCCUAUACUCCCAGGGGCACUGCACUGGUGGUGCGGGAGCCUCCCCUUUUGCCAUACAUCAGUACCAUCAGAGGAGCCCGCAUCGCAGGCACUGCUGCCUACAGGACCAAAAGGCCUCCCUCCACAGUGGAAAACCUGAAAAUCACAGGGAGGAGAUAGCACUUCCCAUCAUCUGAGCAAGGCAGAAGACAGAACAGCCUCUGGAGAGCCUUGUUGCUUAUUGUUGUUCCAGGGAGCUUGGACUCCUUUUUAAAGGCAGAUGGGCACAUAUUUGAAAGCAGGCCUGGGGGAACUCUGCAAGUCCACACCUGAUCCAGCUGCUGCACUGCAGCCGUUCUGAAUGAGCUGCCUGGCUGGUGCCUUGCUGUGAGAGGUGAAACAGCUUCUCCCUGGGACCUGCCAGUACCUGUGAGCAAAUCCACGUACCUGUUCCCUCUUGAAAUACAGGAUGGAAGCUCACCUGCCUGCCCUGGGCUGGUGUUGCUGCUGAUAGAGUAGGCCUUCUCUUGCAGACAUGCUCCCACAGGUCAGAAAUCAACUUGUCUUGGAGGUGUUACAGUGUUUCCAAGGGUGAAGGAGGUGGAGGGAGUGGGGAGGAGCGGGGAAUGCUCCAGUGUGGAUAUGACCCUACUAGUGGCUGAUAGGAAUUCAACAACAUUGACCAGAAAUCAGGUUCUUUCAGUCCAAGGGAGUGCAAUGCCCUGCUCUUGGACAUAGGAAGGGUAAACUAAUGAAAAGCAGGUCAGCUCAUAUGCCUGAAGAGGAAACUUUUGCAACUCACUGCUUUGAUUUGGUUUCUGUAGCUUGUGUAAAGGUUUCUGAAACUGAGGUGUAGAAUAAAACAUUUCAAAAACUUUA